AUGCUCCAAAAGAGCGCCGAGAUGAUCUUUGCAUGCAAGAAGUGCAAGAAGUGUUUCCGCAAGGACGCUGCUGAGUUCGAUGAAACUGACGAGUACUGCCCACACUGUGAUAAUCACUUUGUCAUUGAGGCAAUCGAGCCCGAGGCACGACUACACGUAGAGGGUGAAGAUGCUCGUAUGGACAACCGUAUGCUCAAGGACGAGCGUGUUGCGCGCGACAAGGAGCGAUCCCUCUUCAAUAUUAGAGAUGUGUCGGACCGCAUGGGCUAA